AUUUGGACCAAUUGUAUUUGUUAGUUGAAAAGGUUAUGCUUCAAUCUAAAAUGAAGUUUUAGAUUGUUCAUAUUUACGAGGGACGGCGAAGACCGCAUCAGUCUCCUACUUGUAUUCCGUUUCAGGACACAGUUUGUGUAUUUCUCGCCGUAAUGUAACAAUUGACGGCAGUCGAAGCAAUAAAAUCACGAUGCAAAGUUUUGUUUGGAUGCUGGACUCCUCCUGACGGUGACAAAAACAGCAGAGGAGACUGCUAGCUGUUAGCUGUAGCUACAUUGUUGUUAGCAUACUCGCUGCCGCCCAAAAAGCGUCACUGAACCCAAGCCGUUUUCUCCCUCGCCCGGUGACGUAAAGAUGACAUCGGCUUCUACCAAAGUAGGAGAAAUCUUCUCUGCAGCUGGUGCUGCUUUCACCAGACUUGGAGAACUCACCAUGCAGCUUCACCCAAUGGCCGAGUCCAACCUUGCAAGUGGUCAGACAAAGAACCCAGUGAAGAGGAAGUAUGACGAGAUGCCUCGGACCUGCAUCGCCGGCCCACAAAAGGCAGUGAAAAAAGCUGGCGUCGCCAUGGUGACAUCGGGCACUCCCUCCGCCACCCUAUCUGUGCCCACGCCUCACGUUGUCACAGCGACAGUCCAGCAAAGCAGCCAGCCCGCCACAAAGAAGCGGAAAACGGCAGAUGUGACCCUCAGUGCUCUGAAUGACUCGGACGUCAACAGCGAUCUUGUGGAUAUUGAAGGACUGAGCGAAGCAUCCACAUCCAAAAAGAUCAACUUCGAUCAAGAUACCUUAAACUUGGACUCCGGUCUCAUCAUGAAUACCAGCGAUAUUCCUCUGCUGUCCCACUGACCUUGUGCCGCCUCCCUGCCCCAAAAAGGAGUCAUCAAGCAAGCAAAGACAUUAGCGCGAACAUUUUUUUUGUAUUUAUUAUUGUCUUGCUUUCUGACAUUUCCUUUUGCAAAGAGAAAAAGCAAUUCCAGAAUACAGUUUGUUUCAUAUUAUCCAAUAACAGCAAUUUAUUUGUCAAUCUGAGACACUCAGGUGGGGGACACAUUUUCAAGUAAUAACACAGAAUAAAUUCUGCAUGACAUUUUUACUGGAUGGGUACCGUUUUUGCAAGAAUUGUACAAUACACUGGUGAUACUGUAGUGCAGGUGUGUCCAAAUAUUUUCUACCACAUUCCAAAAUUAGAAAAAAAAUGCAAGAGGUGGGACUUGAAAACAUUUUGUACAGUAAAGAUGCUGAAAAACAAUCCAAUGUAUGUCAAUAAGAUAUCUCAACGAAACAUACACUUUUGCAAUUUUGUAUCAGUGAAAAAGCAAGUUUGUGUCAUACGAUCUAAUAUUUAAAUUAUUAUUUUUUUUUUUACCAUAUGCAUAAGAGGAAAAAUACUAAAAAUGGCCACACUUGAGACACUCUAGUGCAGGGGUCACUAACCUUUUUGAAACCAAGAGCUACUUCUUGGGUACUGAUUAAUGCCAAGGGGCUACCAGUUUGAUACACACUUAAAUAAAUUGCUAGAAAUAGCCAAUUUGCUCAAUUUACCUUUAUUAAAUAAAUCUAUAUAAAUAAUAAAAUGGGUAUUUCUGUCGUACAUUUUUUUUCCUUUUACGGAAGGUUUUAUGUAGGGAAUAAAAACACUUAAUUGAACGCUUUAAAGGAGGAGAAAACACAAAAAAAAAUGAAAAUUAAAUUUUGAAACAUAGUUCAUCUUCAAUUUCGACUCUUUAAAAUUCAAAAUUCAACCAAAAAAAAGGAAGACAAAAACUAACUAAUUUGAAUCUUUUUGAAAAAAUAA